AUGUCUCAUCCACGGGAUGCUCGCCGACGUGGUGGAGCCGGCACCGGUUUCAGCUCGACAGGCCGACGAACUGCCAUGGGUUAUUGGAUUCCCCUGGCCCUGACAGUGGGAGUUGCAACUCUGAGUAUAGCGGCUUGGAUCUGGAGUGAAAGAGACGAUGAUGAUGACAAUGAGCAAUCUCCCAACGACCAUGAUCGUAUUCAUCCAACGGAGCUCCGGGGCGCGGCUAGCGGCGACUAUCCCCCAUCAUACAGGACAGAAGAUCACACACGAGAGGGAGCCCUUGGUGCAGGACCUGAAGACCACCCGUAUGACCCCGGCUUCAUGGCUCGAAUGCAGGGGGCAUUGCGACGAACCCCAAGCCCGCAACAGCUUUUCGACGGUGCAAGUCGUCGGGUCAUGGCCGGUGUCACUGCUGCAGGUGCAUACGUUGGCGGGGCAUUGACGUCGAUCCGCGAGGAAAACCGUGGCGACUUCGAGGACCACACAAGAUGGUCAGAAGAGGCCCAGGCCCGGGCAGUCCGGCGAGACCAGCCAUCGGAUAACGCGCCGAAUAUGGGCGGAAUGGUGGCUGGCCAAACUUCACUCGAGAAGAAAAGGAAGAAGGUGGUUGCAGUUGUCGUGUCGUCUGUCACUUCAGCCGACUCGGAUAGCAUUUCAACUUCUGAGCACGCGUCUAUACUGUCUCAUCUUCCCGAGCAUGUUGAUCUCGAGUCUUCACGAGUUUUUGUUUUGAUUUACGCUCCUGGUCUUCAACACGCGCUCGGACAAGGCGGUUCUUCUCAAAGAACAACCUCCCUUGCAUCCUCGUAUUCUAAUAUCGCAACCGAGGAGGCCAACUCUUCUACCGAAGCGAUUGGUGAUCUGAACAGUGUGGAUCUGCGCCAUGACGAGGAUGGAGAUGGCACCAAUUUUUUCUUCAAGACGUUGUACACACAAGCCCAGGCAAUUGUUGAGAAGGAGAGCAUGAUCAUGCCCUUCAACACGCCUACCGGCUUUGUACAUCUGGUGCGACACCUGUCGCCUGAACUUGUCUAUAUUCAAGAAUCUCUCACCGGUGAAGAGGGCACAGCCGCGCAGCAUAUUUCUGGCUGGGUGCGUCAGGUCAUUGUUGUCGUGGGCGAUGAAGGCGGCCGUGGUGGCCUUAUUGACAGUGACGACGAGUCUGCCCUUGCCGAUAAAGGAGAGAAAUGGUGGCAGAAGGAAGGGACCAUUGGACUUGGCAAGCGCAUUGACGUCGUUGAUGCUCUUCGUGUAGGAGACGAUUGGCGUCGUCGAGUCUGCGGACUAGACUAA